AUGGCAAUCAAACUGAUCGGCAACCAUUUCAACACAAAGAAAGGUAUCCUUGAAAUCUACAACAAAUCAGAAAAAAGAGAUGCAUUUUUCCCACAUCUAAGAGUUGGUGAUGAAGGAGACUUUAAAGGUCUUCUAGAAGCUCACCCAAUUGCGAUGUCACAGUAUCUUGCUAAAUGGAUAUUGGAAACAUUUCCUAACCACACAGUAUGUCUAUAUGGAUUUGGGCACAACUUCCCGUUUGUUGGGAGAGACUCAAGUAUCCAUCAAAUUGUGAAUGUUGUCAAUGAAAGAUGGGAGGCAAAAGCACGUGACCAAAAGCAAAACCCAGUAAUGGUUGUUGCCGGUGCACCUGGAACGGGUAAAUCAAGACUCCUCUAUGAGUACCCUUCCCGUCUUCGUAUGAGUCAAAGCCAAGAUAUUUUCAAGGAGUAUGUCGAUAUCUACGUUACAUAUGGUAAUGGCGCUGGUUUUGAUCGCGAUCUGGAUUUCAAGUUUGGGGUGCAGACCACAUUUUCAUUACGUGUUUUGAGCGCCUACUUUGGGGUGGAUCCACAAGAUGCCAUCCGUGCAUGGCCAGGGGGAAAAGUUGCCUUGAAAGAUGUUCUCCAAGCAUUCAAGGAACAUAAAAAAGCCCCAAAUCUUGCUGUGUAUCUCUCUGUCGACGAGUUUCAAAGACUGCUCACUCUGAAUGGAACCUCAAAAGAUAGACCUUUCCAACUUGGGGAGAUGGUUAUGGCUAUUGGACAGACACAGUGCAACCCUCCACCUGGCGUAUUUUUUGUUUCCUUGAUCGGUGGAACCAUCCUCACACCACUCAAGGAGGCUAUAUCGGACUCUGCAUUUCCUUGUAUUCCUAUAAGCAUACCUCUUCUCAGUGAACCUGACUGGGUCAGUUCUAUCAUCUCAUCCACCAGAGCGAAAGAUUUUAUCGACAAUCACUACUUCCAGUGCGCACUUUUGUACAUCGGCGGAUGGCCAAGAGCCCUCGAGUAUUUCCUCGAGGAUCUAUCCUCCACAGACCCAAAAGACACUACCCCUGGAAAGUUUACAGAUGCUGUCACAGCAGCAAGAGUCAAAAUGGGUUAUGUGAAUUCAACCUCUAACCCCCUCUAUGUGCAAGCACUCAUAGCCUAUUCAGUCACAGGUGUCGGGGUGCAUUGGUCAUAUGAUCAUCUUUUGGGCGAUCCUUCAAACCCAACGUUUGAAGAAUUGGAAAGACAAGGAAUUUGUACUAGAUACUCAACAGACAAUGAUGAUUAUUCAACAGUAGCAAUUCCACUCCUUUACAUUUCAACUACAACAAACCCAACUCCUCUUCCCUUUUUACAACUUAGAGAAAUUCUUGAAGGCUUAAAAAGUGAUUUGGAUUGGCUGAGAUGGGAGAUAUUCUGUCCCCAAUUCUUGUCAGUUAAGAUUAUGAUGUUCCAAUAUCUUGGUAUUCCAAUUACAAUUGAAUCUCUUUUUGGAAAAUACGCUUUAUAUUCUUCUACGAAACCAAGACGCCAACACACCAACAAUGGGUGUAGGCAAGAAUUCAGAUCUUUGCCGGUUCUCUCAAACAUAUCGCACAAAGUAAAAUCAUUGACAAACCCUUUUCCAUCAAUCAUUGAAGAAGGAUGUACAAAUGGAGAGUGUGUCUAUAUCAAUGGAGCAGGGGCAGCUUUUGAUUGGUUCUAUUGUUACAAAGAUCUUUUAGUUACGGGACAAGGAAAAUACAGUCGCGAGUUGGAUGGGGGACAUGAACGUGUAACUAACAAUCACAAUCAAGAUGAAUGCCUCAAGGUUAUCGAGACAAUUCAAACCACCAAUUUUGUGCAAUAUCUUUGCAUCGUAGGUCCAUAUCAUGAAGAAUGCAUUUCGCUCCCCAACUAUGUCGUGAUUUCUGCCAGUGACCAUUUCAAGGGACACUUUGGAUACAUAUUCUCUCAGGCAAUUCAUCACUUCCAACAAGCAGCCACCAAACAACGAAAUAAUAAUACAAAUAAAAACUAUUAA